CAAACUUUUUUUUGACAGCACUACUACUUCUACUUUACCAGUAAGAUUUCUGUGAAAAGUGACAAGAUGCAGAUCAGGUUCCUAUACUUCUUCCUCGCUGUGAUGACGAUCUUCAUCCUGCGCGCCAAGGACGCGGAUGCCGACUGUCUCUCCGGACGAUAUGGAGGUCCCUGUGCCGUCUGGGAUAACGAGACCUGUCGUCGUGUCUGCAAGGAGGAAGGACGAUCCAGUGGACACUGCAGUCCCAGUUUGAAGUGCUGGUGCGAGGGAUGCUAAUGCCAACCCAACAUUCCUGAAUCCUGUUGGUCAAAGUUAAAUAAAAGCUCACAUAUUGUACCAAGAGUUGAGAAAUAAAUACAUAUUUGCUUUUAA